AUGGUCAGACGCAUGAAUGACAUGAAGAAGCUACUUAUGGAAAGUCGAAACAAACUCACUCGACUGCUUCAAGAUCCUAACUACACUAUCAAAUACAUCCAGGCCCAAUGGAACCGACAACGGGAAUGUCAGCUCAAAGUCAUCGGAACCGACAGCAUCAAAGCAUUGACAGAUAAACUAGCCCAUCUGGUAGACCUAGAGGAAACCCUGCACCAAUCACAAUUGGAGCUGAGGGACCUUCGACGUAAGCGAUGUCGCACUCGAAAUCAAGCUGACAAGCGGCGCAUCUUGCGGUUGCCAGAGACUCUGACUCUAUUCGAAGAGGAGAUUGAUUCUUUGAUUGACGAGCUUGGGGCUGAAGAGUUUAGAGAUAUACCUGGAGCUGAUAGUACACAAGGAAGGGCAAUGAUACGAUUACGAGUGUCGAAGGGAAGGCUUUAUGACGCAAAGGUUGGUGUUUUGGAGGCGCCAAAGCAAGCAAAUGAGAGAGCAGUCUGGUAG